GGUUACGUGUUAAACUAUUAUGCUGUCUUUUGCAGAUUCUUGGUUUCAUGAUUGCUGUAGUACUGUUUGGCCUGAUGCGGCAAUCAUCAGCAUGGGAGCGUGAUUGUUCUGUGCCAUCUAUUUUGUCAGCUAUAGAGAUGAACCUGAAACUGUCAAGCCCAUGGAUGUUCCUUUGCUUCACGCCAAUACUUCUAUUCCUUGCCUUUUUGUUUCUCACUACAGGGCAAAACCCUCGAUUUGGGACCUUCUUGUUUGUUACGGUCAUCUGCUAUAUAAUUGCUAAUGGUUUCACCAUUUUGCUGAUACUUUGUUCGAAACUGAUUCUGUAUGUCGCGGCUAUUCUACAUGUCUUCGUCAAAAGACGUUGGCAAUCAUGGGAGGACGGUACCCAAUCUCCAUUUAUUCGCCAGUUUCUCGCUUUCUCAUUCUCAUUUCAAUCUCUCAAGAUUGUGCAGAUGACCAAGAACAAUACAAAUAUAGUUGUAGCAUUUGCUACAAUUUCUCUUGUCUGCUUUGUUCACCCCGCAAUUGGUCUUGGUCUAUUACUUCUUUCACAUUCGCUCCAUGCUCAUUCAGCACUCUGCAGUUUCUUGGGAGCUUCGUUUCGUAAUAUCGCUCAGAAAAAGGGCCUCUAUAAAUCCAAGAUGGGUAAUAAUCCUAUUCUACUAUCCAAAAGUAAACCAGAUGGGAUCGAGCAACUCCUGCCAAUGGAUGAUAGCCCAACCGCUGCUAAAAGCUUUACUGACAGCCAGCUAGAAGUGUUCGAUUGUCGGCAUGGGAUCAUGAUUCUGCAUCUUCUAGCUAUGCUCAUGUUUGUGCCUUCGCUUGUUGCUUGGCUACAGAGAAUCGGAGUAGGCCCGAGAUUUCCCUGGUUUGUGGAUUCUGCAAUUUGUGUGGGUGUUAUUCUGCAUGGCCUUUUUGGAGCGCAACCAAGUGCCAGCUGUAUGUCUUUCAAGUUACCUGGAAGGAGAGGAUACGAAGUCGGGCCGAGCUUUCUUUACCUCCUUGGUGGCUAUUAUUCCUUCGUUAGCUCCAUGGCAUUGGCACCUUACAGAGCGCUAUAUGCGAUGGCCAUCAUUGGUUUCAUCUGUUUUGCCUCCAGAAUUCUCGAGAUCAGAGGUAAGAUGAGAGGUGAACAUAGCUCUAGAAAAAGGCACUGGCAUAGACACUAGCUUGGGAACUGAUUAAUUCUGUGAUGACGCUGCAAUACAUUAGUUUAUAAUAGCAGCUAUUAUUAUCAUUUUAGCUUUUGGUUGCGAACUAGGAAGAGCAUUGUUCUGCUUAUGAUGGGAUGCUGCGAAGUGUUCUCCUGAAUUUUGAGUUGAAUCAGAUUUUGUUGGUCUGGACAUAUUUGUAACCUAUAGGUGAGGUCUGGACAUGCGAUGAGAGCAGAUGAUUUGGUGACUGCACAUACAUUAUGUAUGUAAGCAUGGUAUACAACGAUUGGUGACUGCACAUACAUUAUGUAUGUAAGCAUGGUAUACAACGAUUUGUGUUGAAAGC